AAAGUUGAUAGGACGAUCUCUUCCCAAAACCCCGAUUAUCUAAAAUACCUUUCAAACUCAGCCUUUCCCAACCUUCAAGAAUACCUCUCCUGUCUUAUCUAUAUAUGCCACUACUAAGACAUGCUUCUCUUCACUUCCAUUUCUAAUCUCAGAAACCUUCUUUACUACUAUUGACACACUAUCUAUCGCAGUUACUACUGCUAUAUCUACAUAGUCACCGCUUGAACUAAUAACAAGUGUGUGUGUGUGAGAGAGAGAGAGAGCAAUGGCUGCUGAUAAGGUUGUGGAGACAGCGAUAGUAGGUAACUAUGUGGAGAUGGAGACUGAAGGGAAGCCUAACGACAUGAAAACACGAUUUUCUAAGUUCUUAUGGCAUGGUGGUUCUGUUUAUGAUGCCUGGUUUAGCUGUGCUUCAAACCAGGUGGCUCAAGUAUUGCUUACAUUACCAUACUCGUUUUCUCAACUAGGGAUGCUAUCAGGCAUAUGCUUUCAGCUCUUCUAUGGAUUGCUGGGCAGUUGGACAGCUUAUCUAAUCAGCAUACUCUAUGUAGAAUACAGGACAAGAAAAGAAAGAGAGAAGGUUGAUUUCAGGAACCAUGUCAUCCAGUGGUUUGAAGUUCUUGAUGGACUCCUUGGAAAAUAUUGGAGGAACGUGGGUUUGGCAUUUAACUGCACUUUUCUUCUGUUUGGAUCUGUCAUUCAGCUCAUAGCCUGUGCAAGCAACAUAUAUUACAUAAAUGAUAAUCUAGACAAGAGGACCUGGACUUACAUCUUUGGGGCUUGUUGCGCUACCACAGUGUUCAUCCCUUCAUUUCACAAUUACAGAAUCUGGUCAUUUCUUGGUCUUAUUAUGACUACUUACACCGCUUGGUACCUCACCAUUGCUUCCCUCCUUCAUGGCCAGGUGGAGGGUGUUAAGCAUUCGGGCCCAACAAAAAUGGUGCUAUAUUUCACUGGGGCCACAAACAUUCUCUACACAUUUGGGGGACAUGCCGUUACUGUGGAAAUCAUGCACGCUAUGUGGAAGCCUCAGAAAUUCAAGGCCAUAUACUUACUGGCUACUCUGUAUGUUCUGACUUUGACACUUCCCUCAGGAGCAGCAGUAUACUGGGCAUUUGGUGACAUGCUUCUCAAUCACUCCAAUGCCUUUGCUCUCCUUCCAAGAUCUUCCUCCAGAGACAUGGCUGUCAUUUUAAUGCUCAUCCACCAGUUUAUUACAUUUGGGUUUGCAUGCACACCAUUGUACUUUGUGUGGGAGAAAGCGAUAGGGAUGCAUGAAUGCAAGAGCUUGUGCAAAAGGGCUGCCGCUAGAUUGCCUGUGGUUAUUCCCAUUUGGUUUUUAGCUAUCAUCUUCCCAUUCUUUGGACCUAUCAAUUCCUCUGUUGGAUCACUCCUUGUUAGCUUCACGGUCUAUAUCAUCCCUGCCCUAGCCCACAUGUUCACCUUCAAAUCAUCUGCUGCAAGAGAGAAUGCAGUGGAGCAGCCAUCAAAGUACACGGGAAGAUGGGUAGGAGCGUACAUGAUCAAUACAUUUGUGGUGGUGUGGGUGCUAAUUGUUGGGUUUGGAUUCGGUGGAUGGGCUAGCAUGACAAAUUUCAUGCACCAAAUUGAUACAUUUGGCCUCUUCACAAAGUGUUACCAAUGCCCACCUCCGACACUGCCACCAACAUUGCCACACCUCAAUGCCACAGCAGCUCCUCCGCCACUUCACCACCCACAAAACCAUACUCGCACCCCUUGAUUUUGGCCGCAUAAGAAAUUGCUUACUCCGAAGUUCCCAUAUUCAUCUCCACUCCACCCUUUGAUCAAGGGCCUUGCCAUCUUAUUCAGCUUGCUCGAUAGGCCGUGGACAGAGAGGAUAGAAAACUCAUAACAUGGUUGGCUAGUCAAAUUUGUCAUGUACUCAUAAAACAAACACGUUCCAUCCUGUUUUUGUAAUCAUUCUCUGUCUUUAAUCUGCUUAGAGAGUUGUUUUGUGUUCUACAAGGAGGGAAAAAAAGCAGUAGCAAGAAAGUUUUUAACACCAA